UGGGGGAGGAGGAGGAGGAGGUGGGGAGGGCCUUCGGGGCGAGCACACCCCUACCGCCUGUGUCAGAGUAUUUCAGAACACAGGCCAGCAUUUUGUCACAGUGCAUGGAAGCUGCACUCAAACUUUCCCGUUCAAGUCCGCACUAACUUUUUGACAACUCUUGGACAUUGUUUUUUUCUUCAGGAUCAGUGGACCACCUACUUCUUUUGUUCUCGUAGAAAGUGUGCGUCGUUCCAACAGGAUACUUUAGUUGUUUUAAACUCACCAGCACGAUGCCUCGAUCUUUCUUGGUCAAAAAGUACUUCGCUAAACAAAAGCCGAACUACAGUGAGCUGGAAUGUCAGAAUGGUAAGUUGAGAGUAUUUUUAUUUAUUGUAUGAAUUAUGGAAAGUUUGCUUACAUAGGUGUCAAUCUUGAGAGAAAGUGCUCUGUUUUCGGAGGUGAAGUCCUGGUAUUUUACACAUAUAAAGUUAUCCAGCAGACAAAGUUUUGUGCUUCUUCUUCUUCUGGUUCAACUUCAAACUCGGCUACUCCCCGUUCAAGUCGGGGCCCGUUAGACGUACUUUCCCCCCUUUCUGCAACCAGACAGAGCUUCAUUCAUGCUACAAGCUCUUGUGAAUACGUGGGAGGAAACGGACGAUGAAACCAUCUCAUGGCUCCGGCUGUACGCUUAUUAAAUGCUGAGAGGAACUGAUUUCAUUUGCACAUCCAAUACUUGACAGUAUAAUUGUCUAAAUACAUAAAAUGUUUUUUUUCCCCGAUUCAAUCCUUAUUUUAUAAAAACACCAAACCGUUCAUGUAUUGAGAUGAAGUGGAUAAUUGUGUACCAUCCUCUGCCUUCUAUCUCAGACACUUCACUGGAGAGGUUUCCUCUUGCUGAGCUUCCAUCCGGGGACAACACCUCCUCCCUUGGCACCUGCUUCACAACAGGUAUAGUGUGGGAUCUGAGUGUCCUACCCACCCUCUACCUACCCACCUCCCAAACUGGGCCCUCUACCACCCCCGUCCCCCUGGACCUCAGCUCCCCGUCCAGCCUCAGCAGCAGUGCUAGCAGUUGUGGAGAGGAGGAUGAAGGACGCACAUCAGACCCCCCCAGCCCCGAGCCUGUACACACAUAUGCCCCUCGCCAGAGGAUGAAAUGCACAGGUUCUAUGGCUCAUAUAAGCCCCCCAGAGGAAGAAGAGGAAAGAGAGACACAGGUCUCAGCAGCAAGGCCAGCCUUCCUCUGUAAACACUGUCCCAAAGAGUACAACAGCCUUGGGGCGCUGAAGAUGCACAUCCGAUCACACACCUUGCCCUGUGUGUGUACCACCUGUGGCAAAGCUUUCUCCAGGCCUUGGCUAUUGCGCGGCCACAUCCGCACACACACAGGUAAGAUUCAUGUCUGACAGUAAUCACAAUAAUAUGGUUUAUUUAAAGGGCUUGUCAAAACAAUCAUUAAAAAAUGUCAAAGCAUAGCAGUAAUGUACCUUGUUAUGUAGGGAACCAAAUAAAAAGACAAAUGUCUAAAGAAUAAAAUAACAAGAAAAUGGCUGGAAAAAAGAGCAAUAAAAAUACAUAAAGCACCAUGAGUAAAAUACCAAAAUUAUGUAAAGGCCUUUCCACACAGAGAUGUCUGAAAAAGUGAUUUAAAAGAAGAUGUUGUAGUAGUGAAUCAGAGAUCCUCAGGCAGGUCUUCCCACAGCCAAGGAGCCCAAAACAGCAACUCCUUUAGUUUUUAAUGUUUUCUUACAUGACACAUCCUCACUGGUCACAUACAUUUCCACUUUAUCAGUGAUUCAAAACUUAGGAAAUCUUUGUACCUGGUCCUGUGAAGUUGUAAAUCUGCAUUUGAGUUGCUGUCAUUGUGAGUCAGCAGGUCGCUCCUUCAUCAUUUCAGCUGUGAAGUGAGGUAGUGGAAUAUACAUGACAAUCAGUCUGACGAGGUUAACGCUUGAUAAACAGACGUUACCACAUGGAGAGGCCCUCUGCAGAUCCUGUCCUUAUUGAUCACUCUUUGAUUUUAAUGCCCCUGCAACAAUGACUCAUCAGCUAAUGAUCUUAUCACUGCCGCUGGGGGAGACAGUAGAUUGGGGGGACAGGAGAGACAAAAGGUUAAAAAAAUGCCUGAAGGCUCUUUGCAAUCAGUGAGCUUUUAGUACCUGCAGCAACUUGUUAGUGUGCUAAUCUGAUUUGGCUCUGAUUAAAUCAUGCUAAUUCAGUCAGGCUCUGACCCUACCAUGUGCUUUCCUGUUAUCUUCUGAAUGUGUGUAAGUGUGUGUGUGUGAGGUGUUAAUGUUGGGUUCUUGUGAACUCACAGACAUAUGACUGUCACUGAGUUAGGACUGGUCUUAAUGCCACAUCUAAACAGAGUGCCAGUCAUGUGGUGCUAAUUUCCAUCCCUUUUCUCUUUGCCAAAGGCGAACGUCCGUUUUCCUGCCCACACUGCAACCGGGCCUUUGCUGACCGCUCUAACCUGAGGGCUCAUCUGCAGACACACGCCGAGGUGAAGAAGUACCAGUGUGGCAUCUGCUCUCGCACCUUCAGCCGCAUGUCAUUGCUGCAGAAGCACAGCUCAUCAGGGUGCUGCUCCACUACGGUGUGAGACUCCUCAGACGUGGAUAAAGGGUACCCACUCAGAACUCAGGGCAGUGGGGGGUCUAGUUGCCCCCGGAGAAGGCGUCUACACAAGCCCAGCCGGCCUGAUGAUGAUCUGUAAGGCCGCAAAGAGCAUGAAAUGGCUCGCUCUAAGAGACCUGGAGGAAAUCAAGCCUAAUUAUUGGAUCUGACUUUACAAGUCUUUAAGCUUCUCUGCUCUGUAAAACAACAUCUGAGGAGCAGAUUUUUUUAUUCUAAUCUAGAUUGAGGUCAUGAGGCUGGACCAAAGCUGAACUGAGCAAUGCAAACAUUCACUUUUGGUAUCAACCCCUUUUGUUGCCAUUGUGCCCAUUCCAAAGAAAAAGUAUAGAGUGAACUCAUAGGGGUGAGAGGUGUUCUUUCCUGUCUCCGUCCUGGUGCCGGCUAGCUCAGGAUCAUGGCCAAGACACAGCUGCUGAGAGGUAGGGGUGCGUGGGUGGAAUAAAUCUCUCAGCAUGCCUCAUAACACACACACACACACACUCACUCACACAAAAGCAAAUGCACACACAGCUGUCCCUGGUACUGUAGUGUAGAUAGACGAGGUGCUAACAGGUGCUACAGCCAUGACCUUCGCUGGUUGAUAGCAGGUGACUUCCACUGCCCUUGGUUUGCUUAAGAAAAAAGAGGAAGCAUGUCAUGACAAAAGUAUGGUAUCAGUUAGUGGUUUUGACCAGUGGGGAUUGUUAUAAGCCUCUAUUUUGUCUACAUCCAAACCUUCUCUUUAAUCCGAUGGUUUCAGAGAUACGAGGAAACCUGUCUGUUGCUUUCCAAAAACGCUUUACUUUGCAGCACCACACUAAUGUGGAUGACAAUGCAAGCCAUGCACUCGAAGUUACCACAGUGUUCAUUUUUAAUAACAACCAAAGCCAUAUUUUUAUUACUUAAAUAAACUUUUGCCUUGAAAUUGUAUGACUUUUAAAAGAAAAUGUGCCAUUUUUACCUCAGUAUUUGUAGCUUUAAGACAAACAUUGAUUGCAGUAUUAUUAAAAUUAGCACCAAACAGUUUGAAAUGUACUAAGGCUGGGACCAAAACUGUUUCAGGUUUACGCUAAGGAGACAUGGCUGUUUGUUGGUGAUUGCAGCCUCGUAAAUGGACAGUACAAACAUCAAUUUUUCAAACUUUCCUAAACAUUUUAUGGCAGUUUUUUUUAAACAGUGCAAUGUGCUGAUUAUGUGUUAUUUCAAUUUGUACCAUUCUUGUGUGUUCAUUCUUUUUCAGUUUCCUGUACAUGAUAUACAAUGUUACAUUUUCAUUCAAUAAAGUAAUUUAUGUUUAUUAAAACUGAA